AUGAGUGGGGAAAUACCUGCGCCCCAGUCGCCGCUGCUCCCAGCGUCUUUGGUCGGGAGUUCGCGUCUACGUGAGAUCGAGGGCCAAAUCCGUGACCUCGCUGGUGCCCUUCAUCUGCGUCUCAAGACGAAACAAGACGGUCUGCGGUUGGCCUCCCUUUCCGCCAAUUAUAAAGUCAAAGUCAGCAUCGUCCCACACGAAACUGACAAAGCGAGUCUGUCGAACUUUUCCGGGUGGCCUUCUUUGAUGGAAAUGACAAGGAAGCAGUUCCUUUCGAAUAUGCCGUUACAUGAGUGGCUCUUUAAUCUUCAGUUCAAAUCCAUGCCCAACUCAACAGUUGGACCGGACGGCUUAACUCAAGCCUGUUCUAACUCUGAAAUAUGGCAUUUCUCUUCCACCGAAUGCGUUUUGCCUGUGGAGCCUGGGACUGCUCUCGUGGCUGGCGUUGCUUCAUCGAAGAAAAGCCAAAAAGUUUUCAAGCUAGCACAUUUUUUAACAACGGAGCCUCGAUUAAUCACCAUUGAACUCACUGUCCUGACAUCACCCUACAUUGAAGUCGACGUCAAAUGGCUACCUUUAACGCAAGUGGACCUGUUAAUGCUGGAGAAGUAUCCAGUCUCGCAAGGCCUCAUUGAAGAUUGGGCUUCCGUAAGCAACAUGGAGGAGAGUUCACCGGAACUGGGCUGUGCGCCGAUGGUAAGGGACCGGCAAAGCCAAGAAUCCCCCAGUCGUAGGGAGGAGGCGCAUGACCUCGAUGGCGGCUCCGAUUCGAUGUGCUCAGCGAGUAACGAUCCCACACCCCCUAUCUCUCCCGUGAGCUCCGUCGCCCAUCCGGAUUGUCGGAAGCCUCUCCGAGCCGAGCACAACAUUUCCUUCACGCGGACGCCUUACCAAACAGAUUCUGACAACUUUAGCCUCCAACAACACACCAUGGAUGAUGAACAGGAUGAGGGGGAUUUUGAUCGCUCGAAGGAUAGUGAGGGUGAAAACGACAGUGGGAAUACGAUUCCACUGGAAUCCCUAAUGGACUCGGUUCAAAAUGAAGUUGAGGCCAUUAAUCGAGAGCCAAAUCGCUACCACGUAUUACUUUACGAACUUUCUGGAGUUAUCCAAGGCCUUCGGGAGCAGUUAUCGUCGUCCUCGAAGCUCACAACAAAUUCUUCGGAACGUACAAUUUCUCCAAGGCCUGUGGAAUACGAUCUUAAAAAAAGUCUUUCAAUGCUGGAUUCCGUAGUUGGUGACUCCUUUGCGGAAUUCGUGCCGGAUGUGGAGGCGUGUACACCGCCACUUACUUCUGGUUGGGAACAGCUAGACUCAGUGAUCGUGUGGCAUCUACGGCAUGUCUCUCACCUCAUUCAGCAUCUGGCGUCCUCAGACAGAUUUUACAUCUCUUCACCAGAUACAGAUAGUAACAGUGACAAUAGUUUACUGUGCAUUAAUGAAGACCUUCUAGCCAUGGCUCUGGACGCCCAGUCGGAAAUACUCUCAGACAUUACCGGUAUCGUCCUGAACUAUGGGGAGGAGAAGGAUCCUUUCAAGGUCUUCACAAAUUCUCACUGUCUGGGCUACUGUGGCACCGACCAUCGAGCGCCUCUCUUCCCCGCCACCUUCUGGUCGCGCUUCGUCUGGCACACGUCCUCCAUCUCCGGCUCCUCUGGCCUCAACAGGGCCACCCGACUCACCCUAAUGAUCCAACGCACCAGCCUAAAUGAAUUUCUUUCCCAGGAAUAUGGCGCUCUCGACACUGACGACGAAGAUAAACAAUUUCUUGAGAGUGCAAUAGAUAAUUUGAUUGACAAACUCAUGGACUUUGACUUGAUGGAUAACAGUAUCUGGAAAGAAAUACCUCUGACGCAACUCUGCAAUCGACUGAAGCUACAAUACAACCAUAUUCCCAAACUCGGCUACAACAACCGCGGGAACUCAUUGCCUCAUUCUGUUUUGAACCCGGAGUCAUCCAUCAGUCUGGCGUUGAAAUAUCUUAUCAACCAAGGCAAGUUGCAGCACGAACUGCGCGAGUCGGACGAGGAGUUAUUGUUUCGUAGUCUGGAGACUCUAGUAGAAAAUCUAGUGGCCUCGAGGGGGACUACUAACUGGCGCUCGGAGCUCAUGGCCUUAUCUGUCGAAAAUUUCAUCUGCCUGGCUCAUAUCCUUGAACACGAAGACGACUCGGUCACCGCCCAUGCCAGAAGAGCCAUCCGUGCACUAGAAGACCUGACCCGCUCAGCCUAUGGGGAAAUUCUCCAGAGUAAUCCUCUUCCCUUCCUACGAACAGCCGGUCCGUGCUACGCUUUCCUGAAAGCACUGGACAUGUUCUCUCAAAAAGUAGGAAGUGCGAAUUUACGAGCCCAGGGUGGCAGUUACGUACGUGGGAGAGUCACAAAUGCGGGCAGUGGAUACUGCAUGAUGUCGCCAGUGGGCACUGCCAUCCUUUGGGCCAUGCAGUUAUCCGGUGCGGAGGAUUACCACACGGCUGCACUAGCCGCAUGGGAGUGUUUCCCGACGCCCUUGGAAAUCAGUUUUGGCCGCUCCUCCGGUCGACCCCAGUCCCAUCUAUACCAACAGCAGCCGCAAAGCGGCAGGAUUACUGGUGGCACCCUAGGCAGCGGCGGGGACCAGGGUCCCAUUCAGGCGGAGGUGCGUCGCAUGAAUUUAGCCGACGAAAGCGCCAAGGUACGCCGUAUGGCGUUGCGCAUUCUUAUGUCGCGCCAGAAAUGUCGCAGCAUCGCCUGCUCCCUCAACACUUCGCGCUGA